UUCUUUUCUCUGUUUUAUUUUGGUUUCUCUGUUGUUGCAACAAUCUUCUAGCGCCUCUAUCAUUGUGAAAGUAAAUCAAGUUCAAAGUGUUGAUCAUUUUUUCGUGUUUGUUUACAAUUUUAUUUAGUCUUUUACUUGUCUCUUCUUGUUACUCAUUAUUUUUCUUCUUUGACGUUUUCUUUUUUUCUUCUUCUUCUCUUUCUCUUAAAUUUGUUACCUUUUACUCUUUCAAUAGAUUUAUAUUUAAAAAAGCAAAAAUGAGUGGUACAUCUGUAACUAUUACUGCGGUAACUUCUGGUCAAAUGCCACCACCUUCGGCUACUCCUUUCCACAAUAAUAACAAUGAUUCGCCUGUUACAAUCACUCCAGUUUUCACAAGUAUUACCUCUGUAAAUUCAGCUUCUACCAAUUCAUCUACAUCUUCUAGUAGUGUCAACAAUGACAUGAAAAAUGGUACCAAUUCCAGUAACAAUACUACAACAACCAUCACUCCAAGUGAUGAUGUCGGUGGUGGUAAAGAUUCAUCAAAUGUUGUGGUCCUUAAUAAACAGCGAUUACAAGAAUUGGUUAAUGAGAUCGAUCCUAGAGAACAACUAGACGAAGAAGUUGAAGACCUUUUGCUCAAUAUAGCUGAUGAUUUUGUAGAUAAUGUGGUUACCAAUGCUUGUAAAUUAGCUAAACACCGAGGAUCUAAAACUCUGGAAGUGAAAGAUGUUCAAUUAACUCUUGAAAAAGAUUGGAACCUUUUCAUUCCUGGAUUUGGUUCUCUACCUUUGGCCAAUGAAUUUAAACAAUUGUACAAAAAAUCUCCAGCCAUAGAAGCUCAUAAACAACGAUUAGCUUUAAUUAAGAAAACGCUAAAAAAACUUUAACAUCUUAUACAUAAGACACACACACACACAACAACUCCCUUAAUCACAUCAAUUUCUGCAUCAUCUCUAUAAUAUAAAUUUGAAAGAAGAAACCCAAAUAAUUCUUAUUGUUGCUGAUCUGCCUUUUUAUCAUGUAACUAAAUCAGCUGACAAUUUAAAUCAGAAAGGAAACAAAAUCAACUCUCUAAACGAAAAGAGGACUGAAAUUAUUAUCUCCGUUUUGUAUCAUUUCAGUCUUGUUACUAAUUAAUUCAUUAACCAAAACAAAAUCAAUAAACCAAACCUAAUUGACAAUUAA